AAAAUUCGUAUUUUGAAUUCUUAGUUUUAUAAACAGUUGCUUUUAAAAAGUUGAAUAUAAAGAUGAGCUUAAAAAAUCGUCUUGCAAGGUUGAUGCAUCGUGAGGGAGUAACCCCAUUACCCAUAAAGAUUCUCGUUAGUUUAUUUUUUGUAGUAUUAUUCGAUAUGAUGACGGUUACAAUGGUAUUUUCCUACCUGCCAAAUUUGGUGAAGUCUUUCGGAACAUCAGAAGUUGAUACAGGAUUAUACGCUGGUAUCAUCGCCUCUUCUUUAUAUGUCGGAAGAACAUUGUUCAGCUUAAUUUGGGGUUACAUUGCCGAUGCGAAAGGCAAUAAGUUGGUAUUGAUCUGCUCAACUGUGUUGGUCAUGUUUUCAACACUGGCCUUUGGCUUUACCAACAGCUUCUACUGGGCUGUUGCUACGCGGUUUAUCCAGGGAGUAUCUUCAGCUUUGCUGGUGAUUUCAAAAUCAGUCUUGGCAGAUAAUUGUGACGAUACAAAUAUGGGUUCUGCAAUCUCAAUUUUAUUUUCCUCUGGUAGCAUUGGUUACAUCAUUGGUCCAAGUUUAGCAGGUUUCUUGGUGUUUCCAUUAGAGCAAUAUCCAAGUGUUUUUAAGAAAAAUUCCAUUUUCGAAAGAUUCGCCAUACUUAUUCCAAAUUUAAUUUUGACGAUAUGUUUCGCGGCGUCCAUCAUUCUCAUCGUAAUAUUUGUGCCACAAGCACGAAGAAAUAACGACGAGUUGUCACCGUUGUUGCAACCACCAGUUAAAAAAUACCAGCCUGUCAAAAUUACCGACUGUCAAGAGACGGAGAUAAAGAAACAAAAGAAAAGAGAUACUGACGGGAACAGUGGCUUCAGAACGUGGUUGCUGAAAUUUAAAACUUUAAAAUUUGUUAAAGUUUUUAGCAUAAGGGAAUGUGUUCAAGUUAGUUUUCUAUAUGGCAUCUAUUCUUGUGCAGCAAUUGGAGGAGGAGAACUGCUUCCAUUGUUUUUUGCUACAGCUAUGGAAUACAACGGUAUGCAGUUCUCAACAUCAAAGAUUGGAUUAACUUUUCUAAUGAUUUCUGCCACCUUACUCCCCAGCCAGUUCCUAUUGGUACCCAGAGCCGUUGAAUAUUUUGGAUCCAGAAAACUCUUUAUUGGAAGUAAUCUUUUGUCAGCGUUUCUAUGUCCAUGGUUGCCGAUGUUCGUUGAAAUGAUGCCAAGCAGUACCGGUUUAUGGAUGGUUGUGGUGUUUAUUAUUGUUUUACAAAAAGUUUCGGUGGUGUGUGGCUUUGUUGCAAUCAAUGUUCUCAUCAAUAAUACCGUUACAUCUGAAAUGCUCGGUUCUGCAAACGGUUUAGGCAUGUCAUUUUCGUCCAUUGGAAGAUCCAUUGGUCCAGCUUUUAUAGGCAGCAUUUACACUUGGUCUCUUACAAACAUCAAAGACAUCUCAACAAAUACCAAUCCAAUUGGUUUUCCAUUUAAUCAAUAUUUUUCUUUUUAUGUUUUGUCACUUUUUUAUAUAAUAAUUGGCGCCUUUGGAUCAAUUAUUUCGCCAGCAUUGGAAAAAAAAAAGACGAUCCAAAAUUGUUUGAAUGCUGAACCAAGCUGUAGUACAACGAAGAUAUAAACAAAUGUCAAAUAGCAGCUUCCUGAUAUUGUAGAUAGCAAAGAUAAAAAUAUUGCAUCUAAAAUGUUUCGUCUAAAAUCGAAACAGUUGAAAAGUAAAUGUGAUACAUUAUGGCCGUACGAUCAAUAUAUGUAGCAAUAUAUAUUUGUGAGAGUAAAUAGAAUUUAUCACGAAUUAACUGUCCAUUUUUUUAUGCA